GUACAUCUAUAGAAAGAAAACAAAAAAAAAAAAAAAAAAGAAAGAAAGAGAGAGGACUCAUUUGGUUUUAUUCUUUAUGCUAUUCUGAAGUUCAAAGAACUUUAUGGAAGGCAAUUUUCAAAGCUCUUGAAAUGAGUUUCAGUGCUACUGAGCCGCAAUUUAUACUGUCUUAUUGGAAAAGCUGUCGUGCAAAGAUGAGGAUAUCAGCAGAAGGAGUUUGGCUAUUGGCACUCCUGUGCAGUUUUCUGUCUUCAGGAAAAAGGAUUCAUGCUUUCUCUUAUGACUAUUAUGCAACAACUGAGUGCUUGACAGAGCCCCAAAGAGCUCAAUAUGGAGGAGGAAUAAUAGCUAAUCCAGAAUUCUCUACUACCAUUGAAGGAUGGAAUGUAUUUGGUGAAGGAGAAAUCAAGGAAGGAAUAUCCAAGGAUGGAAACAGAUACAUUAUUGCACAUAAAAGAACACAAUCGCUAGAUAGUGUCUCACAAAAGGUUCAAUUUGAGGAAGGAAAACUCUACAGUUUCUCUGCAUGGGUUCAAAUCAAUGAAGGAAGUGAGGAUGUAGUAGUUGUUUUCAGAAAUGACGGUGGACUAAUUCGUGCCGGUAAAGUUAUAGCCAAGAAUGGUUGCUGGUCUUUGCUUAAAGGUGGUGUAUUUGCAAACUUUUCUAGCCAGCCUGUUGAGAUUUUGUUUGAGAGCAAGAAUACAGAUGUAGAAUUAUGGGUAGACAAUGUGUCAUUACAACCCUUUACCAUGGAGCAAUGGAGAUCCCACCAAAAUGAAAGCAUUCACAAGGAAAGGAAGAGCAAAGUGAGAUUUCAGGUUAGUUAUGUGAAUAAAAGUGCAGUAGAAGGUGCCAUAGUAUCUAUAGAACAAACACAACCAAGCUUUCCAUUUGGAUGUGGCAUGAACCAUUACAUUGUUGAAAACCUAGAUUAUCAGAAGUGGUUUUCUUCAAGAUUCAGGUAUACCACUUUUACUAAUGAAAUGAAGUGGUACAGCAAUGAGAAAAAACAAGGCAAGGAAAACUACACAAUUGCAGAUGCUAUGGUAAAAUUUGCCAAAGAAAAUGGAAUUUGUAUCCGAGGCCAUAACAUUUUCUGGGAUGAUCCGAAGUACCAACCAGAUUGGGUGAAAGAUUUAUCUUCUGAUAAUUUGAGAAAAGCUGCAGCGAAACGAAUAAAUUCAGUAGUUUCAAGAUACUCAGGACAGCUAAUUGCCUGGGAUGUAAUGAAUGAAAAUCUGCAUUUCAGGUUCUAUGAAGACAAGCUGGGCGAAAAUGCCUCUGCUGAGUACUAUUCAAUUGCUCACAAGCUUGAUCCAAGUACAAGAUUAUUCAUGAACGAGUAUAAUACUAUUGAGGAUUGUCAGGAUAACGCUCCAACUCCAGUAAAUUACAAGAAGAAACUCGAGGAAAUCUUAUCAUAUCCUGGAAAUGAAGAAAUUUUAGCAGGAAUAGGUGUUCAAGGCCAUUUCAGUUCUGCCCAACCAAACCUUGCUUAUAUAAGAGCUUCCUUGGACAUUCUAACUUCCACAGGAUUGCCUAUUUGGCUUACAGAAGUAGAUGUUGGCAGAGGCCCAAAUCAGGCAGAGUACUUGGAGCAAGUGCUAAGGGAAGGCUUCGCUCAUCCUGCUGUCGAAGGAAUAAUCAUGUUCGUAGGACCAGCGAUAGCAGGUUUCAAUGUUACAACAUUAGCAGACAGAGAUUUCAAGAACACUCCAUCUGGAGAUGUUGUUGACAAGCUGAUUGAUGAAUGGAAAUCUAAAAGAAAAGAAAUUAAAGCAGACAGCGAAGGAACCUUCGAAGUCUCACUAUUUCAUGGGGACUACAACAUAACUGUUAAAGAUCCAGUUACCAAUUCCUUGACUAAUUUGAAUUAUAAGCUGACAAAAGAUAACACAAGUUCAGGCAUUGUCCAUGUUCAUAUCAACGACUGAAAUGAUUUGUUACUAAUAUACCAUCUCCAAUUAUUGUAUAUGUGUAGCAAAUAAGUUGCCUGGUGUAAUUGCUCGGAAAGCAACCUCAGUAUACUAUCAAAACGAGCAAGUGAUUGUGCAAAAACCUUUAGUCAUAAUGCACAAGUUGUAAGCAGCAGGGGACUAUUUUUUUUAUUUACUGUAGUGAGACCUCACUAAUUCCCAUA